AUGGCUUUGAGUAGAUUCUUGAAAAGGGUGGGGAAUGGUUCUUGGAUUGUUGUUGGAGUUGUUGUUGGAGUUGUUGCUGGAGCUGUCGUAGGAGCCGCCAUGUUUGAAUAA